UCUGUCUCCCUCAGAUGGUACUGAUGAGGGAGGAGGAGAUAUUGGGGUGUGAGUGUGACAUGCCUUCCAUCCAUCAGCUGCUCUCCACCAUCCCCCCUCAUUUCCCCUAUGAGACCCUCAUCUCCCGGACGUCGGCCUUCUUCCAGAGACACCCCCCAUGUGAGGUGGAGAGACACGCCUCGCUCAAGAGACUGAAGAGCAUUUCAGCCGACUCGUUCCACUCUCUGCAGAUCUCCUCCUCGCAGCAACGUCCGGACUUCCUGCUCCGCCAGCAGAAUCCUCCACACUCAGACGUUGUGCUCAUGCGUUCCCAGAAUACUUUGGUGAAGUUAGCGGUCUGGGGUCUCUCCGCCUCUCUAGGGGCCGCUGCUCUGGCUGUCACUCAGACGGCUCUGGAAUGGGGCCCUGAGCUGCUGCUGGGACUUUUCUGACUUCUCCAGUGUG